GAUAAUCAAAGACAUCUUUGUGCCUGUUUUGCCUUUGUCAAGCCCAGCCAAGAAGGUCAUUUUAUCAAACGUACCACCGUUUGUAAAAAAUGAAAAACUAGAGCAAAUACUCCAGAGGUAUGGAAAGAUAGUAAGUCCAAUUAAAAUGAUUCCUCUUGGAUGUAAAAGUCCGGAGAUUAGACACGUCAUGUCGUUUCGACGUCAGGCUUUAAUGAUUCUGAAUUCUCAGAGUGAUCCAUUAAAUCUGUCAGCGAAGUUGAGUAUUGAGGGAAAGGAUUAUACUGUAUUUAUAAGUUCAGAGUCAAUGAAGUGCUUUUUUUGCGGUGAUUUUGGACAUGUCAGACAAACUUGCCCGAAGCGAGAUAAACCGGUUCCGGCUUUGGAGAACAUUGAGAGGGCGGCCGGCGCGGAUGAUGCUGCGACCGCUGGGGCGUCAGAACCGCAGCCGGACGGAGCGAUCUCUGCGCCCGGUGAUCUGCCCGAGGGGACUGGGGUGCUGGAGGCCUCUGGAGACGGCCCGAAGGAGGCUGUUGAGGAGGAAGCCGGUCCGAGUCAUGCUCCCGCCGAAACGCAGCCGGAGACGAGCUCGGGACAGGUGGGUUUGCAGCCCAUGCCCGAAACUGAUUUGUUUUGCGAUGGAGGACAGGCGCAGCCUGAUAAAAUGGAGAGUGAUACUACUACUGAGGAAUUGUUUAAACAGAGUAAAGAUGACUUUUCAUCUCAGGCCUCGUUGGAUUUAGUGGAUGACUCUGAAAAUGAGCAUGAUGAUACGGAUUUAAUGAGUAAUUAUGGGGAGGAUUCGGAGCUCAUCUCUGGAGGAGACUCAGCGGUGAACAUGAGAUCACGGCUUCCUCUGCAGAUCCUGCUGUAUGCCACGGUCAUCAGAAGUCUGAAAGUGGUGUCCAAGCGCGGCUCAGGUCAGCUGUGGCGUGUCCUCAGUGUGUUGGUGGAGUUCUGUGUAAUUGCGUCUGAACCGUAGUGAUUUCUCCUGACGGCUCGCUCCCAAUCUCUGUCGGAUUUAUCCUGCUGGAUUCUUCUCUCUCCUGUGUGCUGAAUGUUUAUUACACUGCUCUGUUUCCCAUGAUUCCCUGCUGUUUCAAACCUCGAUGAAUUCUGCAUGUCACGUUCAGAUGUGUCUGGCCUGCUCCUCCUCGCGUCUCCUUCAUCUCAUGACAGAUGACUUUGAUGUGACUCUUUCUAAUCUGCGCUGCUCUUUUAACUGAUUGGAAAUCAUCCGUCACGCUGUAUGCACACAUGAGUAAGUGCUGAUCUCGUGUGCAGGAGGACCGUUUGUCCCAUCCUGUCUGUGUUUUAGCCGCACCGAAGCAUGUGAAUGUGCGUUUGACCGUCUUUGACACACAUCACGUUUAGCUUUAUCUGCUGGAUUCGACUGACGAGUCUCUGUCGCUCUGUUUGGACUGAUUCACAUGAGGACAGGAUUUUGACAUUUACAGUAUUUUCUCUCAUCAUACAGGACAAAGUUGCUGGUCAAAUGAGCUGUUUUUGACAAGCACGAGGGGCUUCUCCAGAUAUCUACCUGUUUUUGUCAUUUCGUGCUGCUUGUGGAAAAGAAAGACUCUCAUCUGAGACACAAUUUUGAGUACAACAUGUUGACAGUUCACCCCCAGAUGAUUAUUCUGUCAUCGCCCUUCUUUGGUAUCAAACCUGUGUGAGUUUCUUUAUUCUGUGGAACACAAAUCCAGAUCUCUCUUUUGUCAGUGGUUUGUUUUCCCAGUGUUUUCACAGAUAUCCUGUAAGUGAUGGCAGAAUAUUCAUAAACCGAUGAUGAGUAUCCCUUUUCGCAUGAGCGCUUGGUUUUACAGUAGAGGAAGUCAUCCUCGUCACACUCAUUUAUCAUCAGAGAUCACAUACUGCAUGUGCUUCCUGUUGACAA